AUGGCCUCAUUUGCUAGCAGAUUUGUCGUUGCCUGUUUCCUGUUCUUCGCGGCGUCCGCCCACAACGUUCUUCUCCCAGCGUAUGGCCGCAGAUGUUUCUUCGAGGACUUGAGUAAGGGCGACGAGCUCUCCAUCUCGUUCCAGUUCGGUGACAGAAACCCUCAGUCCAGCAACCAAUUGACUGGUGACUUCAUUAUUUACGGGCCGGAAAAGCAUGAGGUUUUGAAAACCGUCAGAGAUGCCUCGCACGGUGAAGUUACAUUGUCCGCUCCAUACAAGGGACACUUCCAGUACUGUUUUCUGAACGAGAACACCGGCAUUGAAACAAAGGACGUGACUUUCAACAUCCACGGUGUCAUAUAUGUGGAUUUGGACGACCCGAACACUAAUACGCUGGACAGCGCGGUCAGAAAGUUGUCCAAGUUGACCAGGGAGGUCAAGGACGAACAGAGCUAUAUUGCUAUCAGAGAAAGAACCCACAGGAACACCGCAGAGUCGACCAACGAUCGUGUCAAAUGGUGGUCCAUCUUCCAACUGGGCGUUGUUAUCGCUAACUCUCUUUUCCAGAUAUACUACUUGAAAAGAUUCUUCGAGGUCACGUCGCUAGUCUAA